AUGCAGCCACUGACCAUGGCCUUGCAGCUCCUGCUGCUCCAUUCGGCCUUCCUUAGGCUCAGCUCCUGGGGGCCCUUGGUCCAGGGGCGUGGCUCUCACUCGCCAACAGUUGCCUGGCCAUCCUUCUUCGACUUCAACUGGCCCCAGGAGGUUCAGGAAACCAUCCAGAUUCCAAACAAUGGGAGUGCACCCCUGCUCGUGGAUGUGCAAGUGUUCGUGUCCAAUGUAUUUAACGUGGACAUCCUGAAGUACACAGUGUCCUCCACGCUGCUGCUUCGGCUGUCCUGGCUGGACACUCGCUUGGCCUGGAACACAAGUGUCCACCCACAGCAUGCGGUCACACUGCCCUGGGACUCACUCUGGACUCCGGGACUCACUAUUCAGGAGGCGCUUUGGGUGGACUGGCAGGACCAGAGCCCGCGGGCCCGAGUGGACCCCGACGGACAUGUCGACCUGUAUUUGGCCCUCACCACGGAGACCAAUUGUGACUUUGAACUCCUCCACUUCCCCAGGGACCAGAGCGACUGCAACCUCAGCUUCUAUGCUCUCAGCAACACUGUGCUAGAGCUGGAGUUCCGGGCCCGAGCAGUGAAUGAGAUAGUGAGUGUCAAGAGGGAAUACGUCGUUCGGGACUUGAAGACCCAGGUCCCACCCCAGCAGCUGGUGCCCUGCUUCCAGGUGACGUUGCGCCUGCAGAACACAGCGCUGAAGGCCAUCAUAGCUCUGCUGGUCCCUGGGGAGGCGCUGCUGUUGGCGGACAUGUGUGGGGGGCUGCUGCCCCUCCGGGCCACUGAGCGCAUCGCCUACAAGGUGACCCUGCUCCUGGGCUACCUUGUCUUUCACUCCUCCCUGGUGCAGGCCCUGCCCAGCUCCUCCUCCUGCAACCCGCUGCUCAGUAAGCCUUGCCCCCCGUCACCUGCCUGGGGGGGUGCUCUGCUGAACUCCCGGGGCACGAGGGGUGCAGGCCUGGCCCUGACCUCCCCCCCACCGCCCGCAGUUUACUACUUCACUGUGCUUCUGCUGCUGCUUUUCGCCAGCACCAUGGAGACCGUGCUGCUGGCUGCGCUGCUGGCCCGGGGCAACCGCAGGGCCCAGAGCAGCCCUGGCUCAGCCCCGAGAGGGGAGGACCCAGGGCCACGUCCUGAAGAAGCUCCCGGAGUGAAGGGGUCAAGGAGGAGCUGGGCUGAGGCCGCUGACCGCAUCUUCUUCCUGGCGUAUGUGGUGGGCGUAGCGUGUAGCCAAUUCUCCUUCAUUGGUUUCUGGAUGUGGGCAACGUGCAAGUCUGACCCAGCCCCUGGCGAGGUCAUACCCCACGGCGGGCAGCCCAGGCUGUAACAGGGCCGGGCCCAGGCUGCAGGGGGAGGGUCAUGACAGGGUCUCUGGAGAGGGGGAGGGAGGAUGACUCUCUCCCCUAAGCCCAGA